AUGUGUCACUUUCGCGUGAGUAGCUGGAAAUGGGUUCACGAAUCCCGCUUCCGUGUAGUUGUUCUUGUAGCAAGAGCGUGUCCGCUUUACAUAGACGAACGUUUCUAUCUGACUCAGCUCUUCUCCACCGUUGGUGGAGCGAUAAGACCAGGUGCUGCUGUGUGUGCAACUCUUGCUUUGCUUUUUUAGAUAAGCUUCUGAGCUCACUGAU